CCGGUAACGAAUUGCACGUAUUUUAUUGUAUCAAAAUAAUGAAUUUCGCUCCAAAUCAGGUUCUCAAUCCCGAUUUGGUACAACUGUUACUUGCAAGUCAGACUGGAAAUGUAAACUUAUGGAAUCCUGCCAAUUUUCUUCUUGGCACAAAUUCAACAAUAGGACAGUUGCCACCUGUACCUCAAGCAUUUCAUUUUCUACCUCCACUUCCUCCUCCAAUCACUGUUACACCACUAACCCCGGCUCUUUUGCCAACAACGUCUUACCCCGUGGAAGUUGCAACUGAAGAUACUGCACCACAUAUCAAAACUGAAGAACCUGAUCCACAACCAUCAACAUCUGAACCAUCAAUAGCAUUUGAAAUGGGCACAAUCCCAGCUUCCACUUAUUAUCCUACACAUUUCAUGCGUGGUACUCAACUCAACGUGGCAAAUGGAAAUAUCAAAAAAGUGGAAGAUUUGUCAUCUGAUGACUUUCUCAGAUGUGCUGCAGAAUCAGAUGAUGUUAUUGUCAAUGCUUCUGUGAUCAAAUCUAUUAAAUCAACAGCUGGAAGUGUUACUAUUAUUUUUGAAACUGGAAUUGAGAAACAACUAAUACCAUUGAAGUGUCAAGUCGAGCACCCAUUCUUUGUAUUAGGGAAAGGUUGGUGCAGCUGUAAUCCUCGGAAAAGUGGCGAGAACUAUGGUUUGGAUUGUGAAAUUCUCCAGGUAGAUGAUGUGUGUAUUGUGUUGACACGAAAUGAAGACAAAAUAACUGACUGUGCUGUUGAUAUCGUAACUGCAGAACGAGAUUUAGAGUUAUUCAGCCAGCGGGCGGCACUCAAAGAACAACUUGUUGAUGUUUAUUAUGAGCGAGUUUCUGGCCGAGUUUCAGCACCACCGGAGAGAGUUUUGGUGACUUUUUCGAACGAACAUCGCGAAAGAAGGAUCUCGGAAUAAUUUAAUGUUAUGUUUUUAUAUAUUCUCUACUAAUAAAUGUUCGAAAU